GGGGGGUAACCAAAAUGAUGUCCUUUGUCUCUCUGCUCCUGGUAGGCAUCCUAUUCCACGCCACCCAGGCUGAACAAUUAACAAAAUGUGAGGUGUUCCAGAAGCUGAAGGACUUGAAGGACUACGGAGGUGUCAGUUUGCCUGAAUGGGUCUGUACUGCAUUUCAUACCAGUGGUUAUGACACACAAGCCAUAGUACAAAACAAUGACAGCACAGAAUAUGGACUCUUCCAGAUAAAUAAUAAAAUUUGGUGCAAAGACGACCAGAACCCUCACUCAAGGAACAUCUGUAACAUCUCCUGUGACAAGUUCCUGGAUGAUGAUCUUACUGAUGACAUUGUGUGUGCCAAGAAGAUUCUGGAUAAAGUAGGAAUUAACUACUGGUUGGCCCAUAAAGCACUCUGUUCUGAGAAGCUGGAUCAGUGGCUCUGUGAGAAGUUGUGAACACCUGCUGUCUUUGCUGCUUCUGUCCUCUUUCUGUUCCUGGAACUCCUCUGCCCCUUGGCUACCUCGUUUUGCUUCUUUGUACCCCCUUGAAGCUAACUCGUCUCUGAGCCCUGGGCCCUGUAGUGAUGAUGGACAUGUAAGGACUAAUCUCCAGGGAUGCGUGAAUGGUGCUCGGGACAUUUGACCCUUGCUCGGUGCCUCUGAUAGCACUUUUAAUGCAACAGUGCAUAUUCCACUUCUGUCCUGAAUAAAAGGCCUGAUUCUGA